GGAUGGACCAUAGUCUUGCCUCGUGGAAAAAGAAGGUGUAAAAAGUUGGCUAAAAUUGGAUCACUGGGAGUAAAGGAAGGGAUAGUAUCAUGGAGUCCAACUUAUACCGAGUCCAGUGAAGACAUGCAAUCAAAGCUGCAAAACAAGAUGGUUGGUUGUAUGAAGAGAGUUGAGAGCUCAUUAUUCUGUCAAAAUUUUUUGGAACAUAUGCAAACCCAACAAGUCAUGGACUGUUUCCGCAAGGUUCUUGAGGGCGCAGAGCAGAAAAAGAUGCAGAUGGUGGUAUAUGGCAUCGGCAGCAUCGAAUCGCACGACACCCCUCGACUGCAACUCAGCAUUGCCCUCUUGAUAAAGCGAGAGUUCAGUUGGAUUGGAGAUUUACAAGUGUUUGAUCCAAUCCUUUCUGGAACUGAGUGUCGAGUUCUCAAAGCUCUCGGCUACUCUGUUCUCUCUGUGAACGAGCAAGGUCGACGCCGAGCAACAAGCCCGACUUUGUUCUUCAUGUCUUAUUGUGAAAAUUUUGAUAUUGCGGAAGAUGAAAUAACACAAGACACAUGA